UCGGCGUUGCCCGAGGCGCCGAGAGUGGUAUGUUCCUCUCGCUGCCUCUCCCUCCUCCGCGGCCCUCCCCGCCGGUGGUAGGUGCCGGAAGUGCCGCCAUUUUGGGGUGUUCUGCUCUGGCGGCAGCGGCAGCGGCGGCGGGACGCGGAGGCUCCCCCGGGACUCGGCCUCAGUAGCGAGGCGGCGGCGGCUGCGGAGGUGCAGGCAGCAGCUGAGGCGGCGGCGAGCUCAGGUGCAGCCGCUGCUCAAAGAAAAUGAACGGCACCCUGGAUCACCCAGAUCAACCAGAUCUUGAUGCUAUCAAGAUGUUUGUGGGCCAGGUUCCGAGGACCUGGUCUGAGAAAGACUUGAGGGAACUCUUCGAACAGUACGGUGCUGUCUAUGAAAUCAAUGUCCUAAGGGAUAGGAGCCAAAACCCUCCUCAGAGCAAAGGGUGCUGUUUUGUUACGUUUUACACCCGUAAAGCUGCAUUAGAAGCUCAGAAUGCUCUCCAUAACAUGAAGGUCCUGCCAGGGAUGCAUCACCCUAUACAGAUGAAACCUGCAGACAGUGAGAAGAACAAUGCAGUGGAAGACAGGAAGCUGUUUAUUGGUAUGAUUUCCAAGAAGUGCACUGAAAAUGACAUCCGAGUCAUGUUCUCUUCAUUUGGACAGAUUGAAGAGUGCCGGAUACUGCGGGGCCCUGAUGGCCUGAGCCGAGGUUGUGCAUUUGUGACUUUUACAACAAGAGCCAUGGCACAGACGGCUAUCAAGGCGAUGCACCAAGCACAGACCAUGGAGGGUUGCUCAUCGCCCAUGGUGGUGAAAUUUGCAGAUACACAGAAGGACAAAGAACAGAAAAGAAUGGCUCAGCAGCUUCAGCAGCAGAUGCAGCAAAUCAGCGCAGCGUCUGUGUGGGGAAACCUUGCUGGUCUGAAUACUCUUGGACCCCAGUAUUUAGCACUCCUUCAGCAGACUGCCUCCUCUGGGAACCUCAACACCCUGAGCAGCCUCCACCCAAUGGGAGGGUUAAAUGCAAUGCAGUUACAGAAUUUGGCAGCAUUAGCUGCUGCAGCUAGCGCAGCUCAGAACACACCAAGUGGUACCAAUGCUCUCACUACAUCCAGCAGUCCUCUCAGCGUACUCACCAGUUCAGGGUCCUCACCUAGCUCCAGCAGCAGCAACUCUGUCAACCCUAUAGCCUCCCUUGGGGCCUUGCAGACAUUAGCUGGAGCAACGGCUGGCCUCAAUGUCGGCUCUCUGGCAGGGAUGGCUGCUUUAAAUGGUGGUCUGGGCAGCAGCGGCCUUUCCAAUGGCACCGGGAGCACAAUGGAGGCCCUCACCCAGGCCUACUCGGGGAUCCAGCAGUAUGCAGCCGCAGCACUCCCCACACUCUACAACCAGAAUCUGUUGACGCAGCAGAGUAUUGGUGCUGCUGGAAGCCAGAAGGAAGGUCCAGAGGGAGCCAACUUGUUCAUCUACCACUUGCCCCAGGAGUUUGGAGAUCAGGACCUGCUGCAGAUGUUUAUGCCCUUUGGGAAUGUCGUGUCUGCCAAGGUUUUUAUAGACAAGCAGACAAACCUGAGCAAGUGUUUUGGUUUUGUAAGUUACGACAAUCCUGUUUCGGCUCAAGCUGCCAUCCAGUCCAUGAACGGCUUUCAGAUUGGCAUGAAGCGGCUUAAAGUGCAGCUCAAACGGUCGAAGAAUGACAGCAAGCCCUACUGAGCGUGCUCCCCUCUGAGACUGGAGUGAGAGGGUCUUCUGAUUCCUGCCGUUUGUUCAUCGUUGUGCCUAAAGCAUGUCGAUGUGGCGUCAAGUACAUCGUCCAAAUCCCUGUCUCUUCAGCUUCUCUGAUGCUUGAACUCUCACCUUUGACCUUGUGUUGACCUUUGAUGCUGACGUGUAUUUUUAUUAUGUUUGUUUCUUUUCUUUGUUUUUUCUUUCUUUUGUUUUUGUUUUUUGUUUUUUUUUUCCCUUUUGUGCUGCCAAAUUGGUUUUGCUAGAACGACUGCUGAAGGGGAAAUAUUUAAACUUGCAUUUGAAUAUUAAAAAAAAAAAAUCUAUUUUUCUAGAACUUCAUAAGAUAACCACUUGAUUUUGUGAUUCCAAUUCUUUGUAACUGUCUUCAGAGCAGCCCUGCUAGCACAUACCGCGUGGUGUUUGUAUUUCUGUGAACCCACAGCCAGUCCGUUUCUAGGCUUCCUUUCUCUGUGUGCUUAGUUUUAAAGACAACUUUGAAGUCAACAAUGAAAUAAAAGAUGUCACUAAAACCUUUGAGGCUCCUGAGCACAUUUUGCUGAUAGAGUUUGUGGGGCUUGAGGGGACCGCAUGUGUUGUUCUGGGUUCUGUUUUUCUGAGUUCUCAGCUGCAGAAAACACCUGAACUCCCUCCUGUCCUUUUUGACCCUCAGGCUGCAGUUUGGGCCCCCACCUGGCCCAAUUGCUUUUUCUUUGUAGUUCUUCCCAAGGGGGAGCCUUCAGGCCCCUCUUGCCCCUUCCCCGCCUGCGCCCCUUCCAUGCUCGUCCCUACAGUCUCCACAGCAAAAUGUGAUGCUUUGGUUUAUUUUAAUUUUUUUUUCUUUUUUUCUUUUUGGUUUUGGUUUUGUGUUCUUGUUUUGAGUUUUUCCUUUCCUACUAAGAUUAUGCCCAGAAAAAACAGGAUUUGCAUGUUUCCUGCUGUUUCUUCACACCUUCGUAUCUAUCACCUUCACCUCUCUGUUUUCUAUAGUUUGUGCAAAAACUGACCCGUUUAAAGGGGUUUCAAAGAAGCUGUUUUAAAUUGUUGUAGGGUUUAUCACCCCCCAAGAUUGUAUUGUUUUAUUUUGAGGUGGCAGCAUUCUCCUCUGUUGCCCUUAGAGUGUUUGCCUGUGCACUUAGACUGUCACUCCAUGUGGCCUCCAGGAGGCUGGCUGUGAGGGGGCACAGAGAGGGUAACCCAGAAGGUGGCUGAGGGUGGAAAAGAAGCUUAGCACAUUAGGGGUGUGAGCACCCCUCAGCCCAGAGGAAGGAGGGCGCUCGUAACCACUUGUAGCUGGGCGCUAAGCGGCAGUCCACCUGCUGGUGCUUUUCCUCGGUGACAAGCACAAUAUUACAGUCUUUACACUGUUUACAGCCCUGGGCCCCAGACACCCCACUUGGCACUUCAUCAUGGCUGGCUCUGCUCUGGAAUGGCUAGAGGUGUGGGGUAAGGGCAGGGAUUUGGUGUUUUAAUUAGGUGAAGAGCCAAAUAGCUACUGUCCCUGGGGCCAGGCAAGCCAGCUCCUGGGUUCUUACGAUACUGUCCAGCCUCAAAGUCUUGGGGACUUGAGUAAGAAUAAGAAGGGCAGGGGUGGAGAGGGCAGAGGAGCUGAGAGACCCUGAUGGAUCUGUGGAGGUGAGAGGUUGAGAGGUAGGAGCUAAUGAUUGGUCCCACCGAGCCCUAAGCUGUUGGUUGGUGGGAGAACUAGAAAGUAAGCUGCCCUGAUUGAUUGUCCAGGGAAGGAUGGAGAGUUGUAGUGGAGGAGUUGGGGUGGGGAAGGUAGAAUACUGUUUAGCACCUUCUUCCUGGGAUUGGUGAAGGAAAAAGGGGUCCUGGCAGAAUUUCUGCUCUGGGACAAGCAGGUUGCCUAGGACAAUGCUGGCGGCCACCCUUGACUUGAGGAGAAGGGCUGCCACAUGGAGGUCCAGGCUAUGGUAGGCUGCUCAGUUUCCCAGCGGGGUGAUGGGAUGGAAAAAGACCAGCAUCCCCAGCCCUAGUGAGACUGCUGUGCACCCCACAGUCUGAUUGCACAGAGCCGCCUCUGUUGGCAGAAGGCGCUGAGGCCCCCCUUCCUGUGUAUUGAGAAUCCGUGUUUGCCAAUCUAUUUUGCUUUCAAUUCCAAGAGGAGCUCUGGGAAAACCUGUGGAUAAAACCAAAUGCCAAACGUUGGACACUGUUCCUUUUCCUUUUCUGAUUGUUUUAAUUGUUCUGUGGUGGUUUUAAUGGAUUUGAGACCCUGGAGCGGCAGCUGCCUUUCUGAUUUCCAGCUGCUUUUUGUGAAUAAUUUAAAAAGAAAAAAAAAAAAAGAAAAAAAAAAGAAACUUUACAUUUUGAAGACAAACCUGUGUGAGUUUUUUAUUGGUACAAACGUUGUAUUUAACACUAGGGGUUUUGUACAGUUUUUUGCCUUUUCUACUAGAAAACAAUGUAAAGUGAUUUCACAAUGUGAAGAGAAAAAACAAUUUGCCACUAUGACCAAACGCACAGUCUGUUCUGCAGCAGCACCAACGGGAUUCAAUCAGCUCAGUCGUGACUCAGCUGUAGAAACGCUUUUCCUUACCUUGUUUGAGCUUUUCCUUUCUCUCCUGUUUUGAUUUGAAAAAAAAAAAAAAAAAAAUGUCUUUUUUGUGUGAACUUGUGUUGUACUCUGUAGAAAAUUAUGGAUUUUACUUUAAUGGUUUUUUUAAAAAAAAAAAAAGGCAAGAAGAGCCUUUGUCGCUUUUCUGACUUGAUCACAGAGUUUGUGUAGUGGAUUUAAAAAAAAAUGUUACAAGUUUGGAGCAAGGGAGUAUGUGUUUAGAAGGAAUCGCCUUCCUUUUUUGUGUGUUUUUCCUUUUGUCCCAGUGGGAAACCUAAAUCUGUUUUAAUUGCACAGACACACGGACAAAAAGUCAUUUUGUAUCUGCCAAGUGUGGUACCUUUCUUUGUUUAUUUGCUAUUAAACUGUUUGAGAAGAA